CCCAAACACGGACGGUUAACGUUAGCAGACAACUAUCAAACAACGGCGGCCUGACAGACAUUUACAUGAACAAAUUAUCUUCACCGGUAAACGAUGUGACCAAGUGAGGAGGACACCGUGGUGAGGACUGUCAGAAACACAUGACAACCAACUUUGGUUGUUGUGAGAGGCGCACCAUGGCAUCUCAGCCGAGCGUUUACAGUGAAGAGAGGAACCUUCUUCGCCUCCGAGCAUGGGAACAGAGGAACCAAGAAACAAGCCAAGCCAAAGAACUCAACCCUGAAAAUGUGCCACUUUUUGGGGAGCCAUACAAGACAAACAAAGGGGAUGAGCUUUCCAAUCGAAUCCAGAGGAUGCUGGGCAGUUAUGAGGAUGUGAAUAAUCCCAAUCCCUUUGCCAGUGAACCCAUUCCUACUUAUGUAACCUUCUCACAGUCGAAUCGAGGUCAGCCAAACACAGAUAAACCAACCAAGCCUCCAUUCCAUAACCAGGUCCAUUACAUGUCCACCCAAAGUCAGAAAGCUCUCUCCAGUAACGGUUACUCAUCUCAGCCCAUGAGGACGUCCACUGCUUCUUCUUCUCCUAACCACCGUGGACAUUCAUCCAGUUUCUCAAAUGCGUCUUUGAACCACAGUCAGCUCGGCCACUUGGCACAUCAACAAAAGAAGAGAGAAGCCUACUCAGAUCUCAGGGAGUCUGUCAGCCUUCCCCAGGAAAUGUCUUCUCAGUCUCCUGAUGCUCAGCCUUUACCCUUCCUGCAUUCCAGUGACCAAGAUACCACUGACAUGAACACUAAGGACACCUUUGAUAGACAUCAGCUUCAGGGGUCCCCAGAUCAGCCCUCUGAAUGUGUCAGCACUAUGGAUGUUUCCACAUUUAACACAAAACAGUCCCCCAAAGAUGCAUCUCUGUCUCAAGCCAACAAGGGUAAUGCUCUGCCUUCCCAGACCUUCAGUUCACUCCUGUCUAAACAGCCCAGCGUAGUCAUGACCCAGAAGCCUACAGCGUAUGUUCGGCCCAUGGAUGGCCAGGAUCAGGUGGUCAGCGGGUCACCUGAGCUAAAGCCUUCACCAGAGCCAUAUGUGCCUCUACCGGAGAUAAUCAACAAAUCUGAUUCGGGCAAAGUGAAGAUGCUGCCACAGUUUUUGGAGACAAGGACAAACGAAGCUCAGUGUGUUGAGGAGAUCUUGAGGGAAAUGACCCACUCAUGGCCCCCUCUGUUGACAGCUAUACACACACCAAGCACAGGUGAAACCUCCAAGUCCCCGUUCCCAGCCAAGGAAGCAGAGCGUGACUCUUUAUGUCAAGGACAAAAAAACCAUGACUCAUCUCCUCCAGAUCCAUCCCAGCCCCUCCAGCAGAGCUCCUCAUCUUCAUUUGAAGCAGCACAUUCCAAAGGGUUAGAGUCCGCCAGCUCCAGCGACUCAGAGAGUAGCUCAAGAUCAGAGUCGGACAGUGAAAGCACCAUCGAGGAGCCACCUCAACCCCCAGUGAGCAGCUCAGUGAAAACCGAGACUGAUGCUCCAGCAGUGACCCAUGUUGAUUGGCAGUUGGGGAACUGGAUCAGGUCCAGCCAGCAGAGCUCCAGCACUGAAAGUCAAAGUGGUGCACAUGCCUCUGAGAGCCCCGCUCACAAACAGCCACCGCCCACUCAAACCUCCAAGCACUCCAGUGUAGAGGUGGUCGACCCCACCAGGGAGUCUAAAUCUCAGCUUUCUUCCCACCAGAAAGAGUUCACUGAUAGCCUUGGAAAACCCCAGCAGCUCAGUGAAGGCCCUCAGGACAACUGUAACCAGCAUAGUAGCCAAAAAUCCCCCUCUGCUGAUGUGAACAGCUGUAGCAGGAAGCUUUCAUGCAGCACACACGCCUUAAAACCAGCAAAGGCAGGUUGCCCAGGUCACACUGAAGCGGCUCUCGAUGUGAAGUGUGAGGAAGUUGUAGCCACGAGAGACAAAAACCCGUGUUUCACAGAUAGACCCAAGGUAAAGACGAAAACAGGACGCAGCAACAAAAGCAAGGACAGCAGUGACACUAAAAGAGACAGUAAGAGGACUUCUAAACACACUUCACUUGACAAGCGAAAGGCUGGAUCAGUGCCUGAUGUCUCACUGGUCCUGAACAGUCAUUGUCCGUCGUGUGGCGUGCAAUAUCCGAACCCCUGCUCCUGCCCCGCCCAAAGUCCCGCUCAGCUUGAGCAGCUGUCUCCUGCCCCGACAGUCAGAAUCAGUUAUAGCAAAACAAAGUCUGAGACCAUCUGCCAGAAGGGCACCAAGAUUCCUCACAAAGCAACCCACAGGCACCCGCAGAAGACUGGGCAUGCAGCCAAGAGUUCUCGGGAUCCCUCCAGGCCUCCUAGAUCCCUCCUGGUCAAGAUUGAACUAAGUCUGCUCUCAAGAGUCCCCCAGGCCUCCGGCAACCGCCAGGAGCUACCCGGCGGUGCAAGGAAAUCAGUGCUGGUCAUAGAGCAAGAUGGAGGAGGCACUGAUGCUUCUACAAUACAGAAACGCACCAAAACCAGCAAAAAGAGUAUACCUCAAAAUGUUGAGGUAGACAAUAAAACUAUUCCCAGGAAGAAACCGAAGCUGGAAAACAAAAAUACCUCAUCAACUUAUGCUUCCAUCAAACUGGAAAGUUCCAGCAAUUCAACAGAUCAGCGGGAACAAAAGAAGGCCAAGAAAAAUCCUGUUCCUUUCCAGCCGCCUCUGACACCCAAAGACGCCGCUAAAGACUCAAAGUCACACAAACACAGCUGUGGGGAGACCCAGGAGACCAGUAAGGAGGCUGUAAAGAGCAAAGACUCCCACAAGCACAAGAGGAGCAACGGAAAGCACACGGAGCGCCCACACUGUGUACAGCAGAAGCCCCCAAAGAGCAGCCUCUCCGUCCCGUCAUCUUCACAGCCCACCAGGGAAGCUCUGACCAAGAGGCCUUUGCUCAGAUUUGAGGACAGGCAGUAUCCAGUGAAGCAUUACAUAAAGGAGGCCAAAAAACUGAAGCACAAAGCAGAUGCAGAGUCAGAUAAGCUCAGCAAAGCUUUUAACUACCUGGAUGCGGCCAUGUACUUCGUUGAGAGUGGCAUUGCCAUGGAAAAAGUUCCACAGAUUUCAAUGUCUUCCUACACUAUGUUUGCAGAGACCGUGGAACUGCUCAAGUUUGUUCUGAAACUAAAAAACUCAGUGGACCCCUCUGCUCCACCCUCAGAAAAGGACUUUUUAGCUUUAUGUUUGAAGUGCCAGUCUCUCCUGCAGAUGGCCAUGUUUCGCCACAAACACAAAACUGCACUCAAGUAUUCAAAGACUCUCACGGAUCACUUCAGUAACUCUGCUCAGAAAACACACGCUCCUUCUGUCUUAACAUCUAAAGUCGCAGACACCCCGUCCCCCAUGCCCAGCAUGCCGUCUCCAGCCAGCGGAUCCUCAAGCUCAGGACCUGGCUCCAACCUCAGUGGCAACGGGUUGGUGGUGGACCCUGUCAGCAGCGCUGUGGUAGUUCCACAGGCCAUUGAACAAGUGGCGUUCACCUACGUCAACAUCACUACGUUAUUCUUGAGCGCUCAUGACAUCUGGGAGCAGGCAGAGGAGCUGGCACACAAAGGCAGCGGUAUGCUGACAGAGCUGGACACAGCUAUGGGCCCCCUGAGCCUGAUGUCAAGCAUGAGCUCUAUGGUCUGCUAUACAAGACAGGGUGUCCACUGGCUGAGGCUGGACAGCCAAAAGAUAAAGUGACCAACAACCUGCUCCUGGAUGCCUGCAAACCCUGCAAGCUGCCCGUCACUCCUGAACUGUCCCUCAGGCUUUGUGCCAGUCAUCUUCACUUCACUUGGACAUUAACUCGUCUCAUGAGAAAGGCAGACACAGAUGUCAUCUCGUGUGAGUCCAUAAGAUCACUGCACUUGUUAUACUUUUUUUUUUUUCUCUUAUGUCCACGUUGGUGUCUCUCUCUUUCCCUCUGGCACUUUUAAGAACUUUGGUUUCAUCUGUUGUAAUUUACACAUUUCAUGUCUUGCACCUGCUUUAUACCUUUCCGGUCCUUUGUCAGCUGAAGUCAUGGGAUCAAUUGGGGCUUUGUGGAUGUAAACACAUCAAAUAUAACCAAAAGUACAAUUUGGUGGCUGUGUGAUUUUACGCUUAGCCUCAGUACUGACACAGAUCUUAUUUAUUAUCAAAGCUUUUGUUAUUGUUUCCAUCAUGAGCGGUAAAACACCUGUAAAACUGAAGGCACUUAAGUCAUUGUUCAAAAGUAUCAUGUUCCGACUUUUCACAGUUUUUGCUACUCGAUUUUAUUUCAUUUCUCUUAUGAGAGAUUCAGUUUCCCUGUUUCAGUCUGAAGUAUUGGUUUAGUUUGGAUUCAGGGAUUUUGUAUUUUUUAAGUUCUGCAUUGGAUUUCUCCCACCAAUCAGCCAGGAUCACCCAUGGAAACUCAGUCAAUUUUUAUAACAUUUGUACCAGUGACAGUCUGAUUUUGACUAUGUAUGAAGUAGAGACAGGUUGAAUAUGGGUCACUGCUUAAAAUGUUUAGUAACAAAUCGAAUUGUUGGCAUCUGCAUUUUCAGUUUUUCAAUAAUAUACAAUAAUGCAGUAAUAUGUGCAUUUAUAAGGAUAAAUAAAAUACAAAAAAAACAUGUGCCAUACUGUUAGACAUGUGUCCUCUUGGGACAAAAUACAUGUUGAAUGUUGGCUGAAUUAUGUACAGAUGAUUAUUGCCCAAAACAAGAUAAGUCUGGACACCUUCAAAUCACAAUCACUAGAUAAGGAGGCAUUUUUAGACAGUGUGAAAGCUGUAAGUCUCAUCGGUCUGAAUGAAGGAGUCACUGUGUAUCAGGUGGUGUAGCGUCAUUAGAAUUUCAAGGCAUAACCAUUUCUGCUAAAGUCUCACCUGUCUGCUCCUGUAAGUCCUGGUUUGUGUCUUGACUCUUGUCUGAUUUGGAGUGAAUGAUCGGAAACUGAUGAUUGGUCACAUGGUUUUGUUACGGCGGUUGGCGGCUGCAGCUCAGGGUGGUGGCAGAGGUGAUGUGGCUGUCCUCAUGUCAGACCAAAGCGGAGUAGAUUUUAUUCUCGUCACCGAGUGAAAAUCAACUUGUGCCUCCUUCUAAUGGAAAUGAUGAGUAGUUUGACAUCCCUGUUUGACCUUCCUGAGGGUAACGUGGUGCGUGUAGUGGUUCACAUUGGCUGUCAGUUCGAGUUACUUCUCAAAUACAGUGGAGCUGCCACAGUCUUCCAAAAGAUAUGAAGUAUAGUAGUACAGUAGUGUUGCCUUUAUUUGUUUUUUGCACCAGUAAGCUGCUUUCUUCCUCUGUUUCCCACACUUUGUUGAGUUGCAAAAUGUUUACUGGAUCUGUGGGAGUAGAAUAAAUGGCCAAACUAUAGCUUACUAAAGAAUGCACUUUUGUGAGUAUUUGUAGUUCAUUUCAGUGCGUUAAUGGACAAAAGACAAAAAACUUGCAGGACUCGUCUUCACUCGUUUAUUGUAACUUAGAUUCUAAGCACUAAAGCAUGACUUUUGUUUGCUCAAAUUUGUUUAGGUGUUGACAUCACACGAUACAAAGCUAAUCAGUAUGAAACAGUGAUGCAGGGACAGAAAAAUUGCUUUAGAUUCGCGCAUUAAAAUGGCGCAUUUCUUGAAUAGAGUACCGUUGGGUUUUGAAAUGUUGCGCUUGUUGAUUCAGUUGAUGUGUCUGCGCAGUUACACGAUAAAAGGGCUAAACGAGGAUCACAAAGUGUUCCUAACUUUAUUUUCUCACAUAAAUGAUGAUAUUUUUUUAAGUAAGGAGCGAGAACACUGGUGCCAGAUCAUCAGCCGGCUGCUAUAGAAGCUUUAGAGUUUCUCACCACGGACGUCUGCACUGAAUACGCGGUCAUGUUGGCGUUCAACGUUUAGAAACUGUUUUUUUGGUGUUCUAGUCUUUUCCAACCUGUGGCUUUAUUCCCAUCAUCCCUGAUUGUUGGUGCUUCAUCAAUGGAUUUAUCUGCAACAAGUUUACACUUCUUGUCCAAAUAAUUAUUUACUGGAAACAUUUGAAGGAUGCUUUCUUUUUUCCUUUUGUGAAAUAUGUAAAGAAUUUGUGUUGCAGUGUACAGAGAUGAAUAAACACUGGAAAUGAGUUUUUCUUGUUUAUUUUUCUCAAAGAAAAUUGGAAUCACAGUUUAGUAUUUUGUUGUAAAGGUUGUUAAAUAACAACAUGUCUGACAUGUAUCAUGUAUCACAAAGUGCUGUAAACAUUACAGCUGCUGCACUUCAGAUGUGUAAGUGCAGCCGUUUAAGUUUAAUC